UGAUGAAAGAAUUAAAAGGACCAAACAAAGCAGUAAAGUUUGCCCUUUUCCUAUUGGCUGACAAUGAGCGCCAAGAAUCGAAUAUAAAAGAAUCCCCGGCAUUCAUACUUCGUUUUCCUUCCUCCAGCUGGACUGUGGAUCUUCAAUCUUACACUUCAUUUUAUUUAUUUGUAGCUUUGUUUUAGAAGUUUUGUUUUUUUUAUUAUCCUAAUUUUCUCUUUUACCUAACACUCUAAGCUUUACAAUGCCGUCAACUCGCUCUCCACUGAAAACCAAGAAUGAAAACACCAUUUCUGCACAAACGAAUAACAUGUCCUUGGUGGACAAAGAAAACACGCCACCCAGUCUGAACUCCACCAGAAUCCUGGCGUCCAAAACGGCGCGCAAAAUCUUUGAUGAUUCAGAGGACCAGACAAAAGCUAGAAAGGGAGCUGUGGAGGAGGAGCCCCUUCUGAAGGAGAACCCCCACCGCUUUGUAAUUUUUCCAAUUCAGUACCAUGACAUCUGGCAGAUGUACAAGAAGGCAGAGGCCUCCUUCUGGACCGCAGAGGAGGUUGACCUGUCCAAAGAUCUUCAGCACUGGGAGUCCCUGAAAGACGAGGAGAGAUAUUUCAUCUCCCAUGUUUUGGCUUUCUUUGCUGCAAGUGAUGGCAUUGUCAACGAGAACUUGGUGGAGCGAUUUACUCAGGAGGUCCAAGUGACCGAAGCCCGUUGCUUCUACGGUUUCCAGAUUGCAAUGGAAAACAUUCACUCUGAAAUGUACAGUCUGUUGAUUGACACCUAUAUCAAAGAUCCCAAAGAGAGAGAAUAUCUUUUCAAUGCCAUUGAGACGAUGCCUUGCGUAAAGAAGAAGGCUGACUGGGCGCUCAGCUGGAUUGGUGACAAAAAUGCACAAUUUGGGGAGAGAGUGGUGGCUUUUGCUGCUGUGGAAGGAAUCUUCUUUUCUGGGUCUUUUGCUUCUAUUUUCUGGCUAAAGAAGAGAGGACUCAUGCCUGGACUCACCUUCUCCAAUGAACUUAUCAGCAGAGAUGAGGGCCUUCAUUGUGACUUUGCCUGCCUCAUGUUCAAGCACUUGGUCAACAAACCUUCAGAAGAAACUGUUAAGAAAAUCAUCAUGAAUGCAGUUGCAAUUGAACAGGAAUUCCUGACUGAUGCUCUACCAGUGAAGCUUAUUGGUAUGAAUUGUGACCUGAUGAAGCAAUACAUUGAGUUUGUGGCUGACAGACUUCUGCUUGAGCUGGGAUUUGACAAGGUCUAUAAAGUGGAAAAUCCUUUUGACUUCAUGGAGAACAUUUCCUUGGAGGGCAAGACCAACUUCUUUGAGAAGCGAGUGGGCGAGUACCAGCGGAUGGGAGUCAUGUCCGGACCCACAGAUAACACUUUCAGACUGGAUGCUGAUUUUUAGAGACUCUGAGUGCCUGAAUGGACACUUGUAAACUAUUAACUUUUUGGACUCAGAAGUUUCAACCUCACUUAUUUCUAGAUUGUUUACAUGAUUUUUUUUUUUU